UUCCUGCCGGACAAAGACAAUAUAUUUGGGGAGGCGAGCCGGGAUUCGAGACAGAGCCCACAAGGCAACAACAAAGUGCGCGUGAGAAAUAAGCGGUGCUUGCCCAGUAGAGAGAGAGAGAGAGAGAGAGAGAGAUGGCGGCGUCGGCGGCGACGGCGACGGCGACGGCGGCGGCGGUAGGGGCGGGGGAGGUGAUCUCCGUCCACAGCCUGGAGCAGUGGACCAUGCAGAUCGAGGAGGCCAACGCCGCCAAGAAGCUGGUGGUGAUUGACUUCACUGCAUCAUGGUGCGGACCAUGCCGCAUUAUGGCUCCAAUUUUCGCUGAUCUCGCCAAGAAGUUCCCAGCUGCUGUUUUCCUCAAGGUCGACGUUGAUGAACUGAAGCCCAUUGCUGAGCAAUUCAGCGUGGAGGCCAUGCCAACCUUCCUGUUCAUGAAGGAAGGAGAUGUCAAGGACAGGGUUGUCGGAGCUAUCAAGGAGGAACUGACGACCAAGGUUGGGCUACACGCGGCCCAGUAAUCACCUACCGGAGUAGCAUUCGCCUAAAUAAAAUUGCCGCUCAACAAGUAGUGCCUCUAAUGGCACCUUAUAUCCUGUGUACUGCUUGUUACUUGUUGGUUUAUGGAUAAUGGUGAAUCAAGUGUGACUUUAUUCGGUAAAUGGUUGAUUUUCGUAAGGAGCUGAUCGAAUUCAGUUGUUCGGCUAUAGGCUAUGGCUAUUGUGAUAUCCCAAGUGAUUAGCAUGUGAAAAUGCUAUGAUACUUGAAUCCAUGUCAUCUCAAGCCUAUACAUUGUUGCUCUCUUGAUUCU